AUGGCGUUUGUUCAACAAACACAAACACAACCAGAAACAGUCGUUUCUGAUUCAGAACCGGAAUUCAUUACAAAAACUCAGCCCACUCGAGCAGCAACUAAAAGAAAAGAGAAGACGGAGGCUAAAUGUUGGGAACCUCUGGAAGUAUUAGUUUUGGCACAAUCUUGGAUCGAUAUUUCAGAAGAUGCGACGGUUGGAAAAGACCAAAAGCAUGACCGCUUUUGGAUUCACGUUUUACAUAGGUUCCAUAAAGGAAUGAACCGUGGAGAAUACCAUACAAAACAUCAAAUGUACUCCAAAUGGAGUAAUAUGAACAAGGAAACCAUGUUGUUUAAUGACUUGUAUAACAACAUGAAACGUCAAUGGAAAAGUGGAAAAAGCGAUGAAGUGAUUUUAAAGAAAGCGUUGAAAGUGUAUCAAAAAGAAAAUCUGAAGGCUUUCAAGUUUCUUGAAGUUUGGAAUUUUUUGAAAGAUAACAAGAAAUGGCUGAGUAGCAAAACAUCAGACGAGCAUAUUGACAGUGGUUCAAAAUGCAGCAGAACAUCUGAGUCCGACCACACUACAUCAGAUGUUCGUGUUCAAUUUGAUCUGAACGAAGAUGGAUCUGUUCCAGUUUCACCACCUUCCCGACUAAUGGGAAGAGACAAAGCAAAAAGCAAAGGCAAAGGCAAAGCAUCGGAUUCAGAUGAGUUGAAAGAAAUGAGGGCCGACAUGAAGAGUAUAAAAGACAUAUAG